AUGGAGGUCUUUUUCGGGUCGUCGGGGAAUCCUAAUGGUCUCUAUCAAUACCUUCCCCAGAGUGAUAAGGGCGUUAUCCUGGUGACAACGCGGUCGAGGGAGGUGGCUGUGGCCAUCGGCGGCGAAGUGGUCGGACUGUCAGAGAUGACUCUGGAAGAGAGCAAGAGUCUAUUAACGAAGUCGUUGACAUAUCUCUCGCUGGCGAUCACGCAGGUCGGGGCCUACCUUAACCGGAAUGCAAUAUCCAUUGCGAAGUAUGUCGAACUCCUUCAAGGCACGGAACAAGACGUUGUCAAAUUGUUGAGCCGAGAGUUCCACGAUCCCACUCGGUAUUCAGGAGUGGGGAAUGCCAUGGCGACGACGUGGCUGGUAUCGUUCCAGCAGAUCCAGAAGACGGACGCCGCUGCCAUCGAGCUGUUAUCAUUUCUGUCCUGA